AUGGGAGAGGAUAGCUUCCUGGAGAGCCUUGUAUUUGACGAAGUGCUGAGUGUGAUGGGAAAAGGUGAGAGCAGCCCCUGGACCGGCCAAAGCCGCGCGCCACUGCGUGCCCGUGUCCAGCGCCCACGUCCCGCCGCCGUCGCCACCACGCCCCAGAGAAAGGCUGAAGGGGAUGCUAAAGGAGAUAAAACCAAGGUGAAGGACGAACCACAGAGAAGAUCUGCAAGGUCAUCUGCUAAACCUGCUCCUCCAAAGCCAGAGCCCAAGCCUAAAAAGGCCCCUGCAAAGAAGGGAGAGAAGGUACCCAAAGGGAAAAAGGGGGAAGCUGAUACAGGCAAGGAUGGGGAUAACCCUGCAGAAAACGGAGAUGCCGAAACAGACCAGACACAGAAAGCUGAAGGUGCAGGAGAUGCCAAGUGA